AUGGACCGCGGCAUUCCCCGAGAAGCUCGAGAAUAUAUCGACGACCAUCUUACCUCCUUCCAGAUCCAGCAGAUAUUCGCCCAGUUCACCUUGACAUGCAUCCGUAACCGGCAGGUCCUGUGGCACGGGAUGCUGCGUGAGACAGCGCAGUUAUGGGCUGACGAGAAUGGCUAUCAGACUCUCACCACCGCCAUGGGACCUCUCAUGGACAAGAAGAGCCACCUUUAUCCGGGAAGGAACAUGUCCGAUAAUCAGUGGACGCGGUAUAUCCAGGGCGCAUCGGCCAUUUUCUCAUGGUACAUCAGUCAAGGCGAUGUGGUCAUGGUGCUCACGCGUCCGCCAGAGACUAGGUUUCACCCUUCUGGCAACACGAGUCUCCAGGCUCUCGAAUGGCCGAUCAUUACCGGACAGGUGGGCAACCAAGCCGUAGGUGAGGUCAUGAUCGUCCAUCCGGCUGUUUGCCAGGACGUGUACCAGCUCUGGCCGGUAGACGAGGUAGCGUGGUGGGUUCGGCAUCAUGGGGUUCACGAGCCAGGCAGGUGGAGGAAGGUCAAGACGAAGAAGCCGUUUGACGGAAUACGGGUACCGGCCAAGGCGAAGGCGAUCUUGGGGCAGAAGCUCCAGAACGAACACGACAGACAGCUUCGAAAUCUCCAAUCGACUCACCAAACUGAGAAAGAUAUUCUGCAGAGGGACCAUGCAACUCGAAUCAAGAAAUUGGAUGACUCCCACCAAAAGAAGUUCAAGACACUGCUCAAGGAAUUCAACAAGGAGACAGAGGUCAUUCUCGACGUGGAACCCAAAAAGUCUAGGGUUAGGACCAGGAAGCAGCGUAACGCACUGAAAACUACUAUGGAGGGAAAGUGGGCUUCACAGAGGAAGACGGAGCUCGGAUCCCUAAAGUGCCAGCAGGUGACCGAGAUGGGCCAGUUGUGUCAUCGGCAGGCUCUUGCUAAAAAGGCUCUGGUCAAGAGUCUGAAGGCGGAGGGGAGACAACCCUUCCUCCUCCUCCUCAACAACAACAACAACAACAACAACAACAACAACAACAACAACAACAACAACAACAACAACAACAACAACAACAACAACAACAACAAAAAGGCCAAUGGAAAGAUGGAACAAGACGUCGCGAGAAACGGGGGAGAACAGAAUGUAGAAAACAACAUCCUGGAGAAGACCGAGAAAUCGAGUGUCCAGUUGACGAGGCCAGUACAGGCUCACGUUUCCCAACCCGAAGUUGUUGAACCGGAGAACGAGGUGGAAUCCCUGUACGCGGACAAGUACGUGGGGAUUGGAAAAGUCAUUGCCGGUCUGGACGUCUCCUAA